AUGAUGUUCAGGUCGACGGCAAUGAAGUUGCCCCUAGUUAGGCGAUUGAACCCCGUUUUUUUGCGCAUGUCAUCAUUUCCACGCCAUUAUUCAUCCGAAGCUAAAGAGCAAGCACCACAUAAAACGCCCUUGGAGUCAGACACCACUCAUUUUGGCUUCAAAACAGUCAACAGGUCCGACAAGGAGAAUCUCGUCGGGGGGGUCUUUUCCUCGGUAGCGUCCAACUACGACAUCAUGAACGACGUCAUGUCGAUGGGCGUGCACAGAUUAUGGAAACACCAUUUCAUAAACAGGUUAGACGCGGGCAUGAGGCCCAGUUCAACUGAACCGUUGGAGUUCUUGGACGUUGCUGGCGGCACGGGCGAUAUCGCUUUCGGGUUGUUGGACCAUGCUGCGACGAAGUUUGGCGAUUAUCUGAGCAGGAUGACUAUUGCCGAUAUCAAUGCUGAUAUGUUGCGCGAGGGAGAAGCGCGUUUCUUGCAGACGAAAUGGGCCAAGGAAGAGGGUGCGUCGCGGGUUGAGUUCUUGGUUCAAAACGGCGAGACUAUGGAUGCCAUACCCGAUAACUCCAAGGAUGUCUACACUAUCGCUUUUGGGAUACGUAAUUUCACCAAUAUCCAAGCUGGUUUGGACACAGCUUAUCGUGUGUUGAAACCAGGUGGAAUUUUCGCAUGUUUGGAGUUUUCGCAAGUUGAAAACCCCGUUAUUGACUAUGCCUACCAGGCUUAUUCUUUUUCCUUGUUGCCGCUUAUGGGACAGUUGAUUGCUGAUGAUCGUGACUCGUAUCAGUACUUGGUUGAGAGUAUCCAGAGGUUCCCCAAACAGGAGGAGUUUAAAGCGAUGAUUGAAAAAGCCGGCUUCUAUGUCCCGGAGCCUGGAUACGAGAAUUUGACCUUUGGCGUUGCUAGUAUCCACAUUGGUAUAAAAUUGUAG